AUGAACAUCACCGUCUCUCGGUUUCAGAGAUCCAGCAUCUUCAUUCUCCGAGUCCAAAUGGGUGCAAGGCCUGUGAUUCUUCUUCUUCUCCUAGCAGCUCUCCUUGCUGCUUCUUGUGAUUCAUAUGAAGCAGCUACGUCCAAAGGAUCUUUUGAAGAUAAUUUCAGCAUUAUGUGGUCCGAGGAACAUUUUACUACUUCCAAAGAUGGACAGAUCUGGUAUCUCUCCCUGGACAAGGACACAGGAUGUGGGUUUCAAACAAAGCAGCGUUUCAGAUUUGGGUGGUUCAGUAUGAAGCUGAAGUUGGUAGGUGGUGACUCUGCUGGUGUCGUGACAGCUUAUUAUAUGUGCACGGAAAAUGGUGCAGGUCCAGAAAGGGAUGAGCUUGAUUUUGAGUUCUUGGGAAACAGGACAGGGGAGCCUUACUUGAUUCAGACAAAUGUGUACAAGAAUGGGACUGGUGGCCGUGAGAUGAGGCACAUGCUAUGGUUCGACCCCACUGAGGACUUUCACACCUAUUCCGUCCUUUGGAACGACCACCAGAUAGUGUUUUUUGUGGAUAGAGUUCCGAUAAGGGUGUACAAGAACAAUGGAAAACCAAACAAUUUCUUCCCCAAUGAGAAGCCAAUGUACUUGUUCUCCAGCAUUUGGAAUGCAGAUGAAUGGGCCACAAGAGGUGGACUCGAGAAGACAAACUGGAAAUUAUCCCCUUUUGUGUCAUCUUACAGGGACUUUAGUGUGGAUGGUUGCCAGUGGGAGGAUCCAUAUCCUGACUGUGUCUCAACCACAACCAAAAAUUGGUGGGAUCAAUAUGCUGCUUGGCACCUAUCAGAUGAUCAGAAAAUGGAUUAUGCUUGGGUUCAGAGGAACCUCGUCAUCUAUGACUACUGCAACGAUUCCCAACGUUAUCCAACCCUUCCUGAGGAGUGUUCAUUGAGUCCCUGGGAUUAA